AUGAGUCUUCUGAAAUUGCCUGUCGAGAUUGUCUCACUCCUCGUUGAGUUACUCGAUGUUGAAGAUGUCUUCAAUAUGGCGUUAAGCUGCCGCUUCCUCAGCUGCAUUCUAUACGAUAGACGAAUGUGUCGACUUGCACUCGAGAAAGCCCCAUACUCCGCAGAAGCUCAGCAGGCGCAGUCAAAUGGUGAUUUCCCAAGGGCAUUUCGUAAGCUGGCUAAGCGGCGAAUGUCUGUUCGUGCUGCUGAGCCGUGGAUGGCUGCUAUAGUGGCAAUGACAGAUCACUUCAUCUAUACCAAUGGCCACUUGUGCUACACCAUUGGCAACAAGCAUCUGCGUAUUCUCAACACGCUUCAACAGACGCCCACGACAGAAUUAACUGUUGACGUGCCACUGCUCCUCAAACUCGCAGUUCGAGAUUAUGAUCAUCUUAGACCGCACACAGUUGAGCCUCUUUACUAUGCCGAGGGAGUCAUGUCAUGUCUCGUCACCCAAGCCAUGGAGGAUCUGACCACAUGCAGCUGGCUCAUCAUAUUUGAGCUAAAAGAGAGACCCAGCUGGGUUGUAGUACAAAGACCAUGUUCAAGAUAUCCACUCUUUGUACGUAACGACAAGAACUAUCUGUUUUGGGGCUCGAGAUCACACACAACACUCGACGGCUCCUAUAGAUGGGGUCUUCAGUGCCUCAAUAUCCAUACGCGCAAAUGGUCAGAUUCGCAGCUCAUUUUGUGGGACUUUGAAGGAGCAAACAUAGGCUCAGACGCCUGUUUUGAAAUCUUUGAUGGUCAGAUUUAUUGUGUUUCGAAUAAAUUGAAAACACAGACAGAGAAUGGCGCACGCAACAACUUCUACCAAGUUCUGCGAUUCCCUGUGGAUGAUGCAGUACACGAAAGAAGCGAGAAGCCUCUCAUGCGUGACCUAUGGCGCCGUCAUGAUUCGGAGGGCCUGGUAGAUGAGCGCUGGACUUCUUUACAGCUCAGCAAAAGCGAGACAACAGGAAAGCUAUCCAUUGUUGAGAUACGAAAAGAGUGGUGUUCUGGAAAGGCGGGCAGUCAAAGGACGUGUUAUAGAAAGGAGCUUCAGUUUGGCCGGCAACAAGCCAAUCGAUCAUUAGAACCUCUUCUUCUAACACCACCUGAAUCCAUGACAGGAAGUCCCACUGAAGAGGAUUGGAACAGCGGGGACCAUGUGGAAGAACGUCUACGCAAGGACAUUCACGUUGGCGAUGGCUCGGGAGAUACUAAGAUGUACACCCUUCAAGAGUGUUUUGUCCGUUCAUACAACCCAUCUUGCGACUCAUUCGUCGAUCUUGUUACUGAGGCCUGUGGCUCAGACUCAGCACUGCAACUCAGAGUACGACCCAAGACAGAUGGAUCAUCCGCUAAUGUUUGGCCACGGGAUGAGCACCCGUACCGUAAUGAUGGUGUACUGGCACAGCUUCAUGGUGUCCUCAACCCCAUACAGCCGAUCAAAGGAAUUCAAUGGAGUAUGGAUGAGCGGAUACUUGUUUAUUCACCAACCCACAUGGUCACUGGGCACUUGAGGCCUCUUGUACUCAUAUCAUUUGAUCCAGGAUUUGUCUUAGGAGGCUUUCCAAACUAUCGAUGUAGCAGUGUGGAGGCAGGCUACAAGCCCAGUAGCCCACCUCACCAGGAAGGGGCUACCAUCGGCCUACCAAACGAAAUGCUGUCGCCGCAGAGCCAGGAACUUGAAGAAUGUGCAUUGGCAGGAGAAGAGGUUAAGAAGGCCAUUUCUAGCUUCGUCAAACUGCGGCCUGCGCUAUAUCGGCAGAUAAGUAUGGGUAAUGGGGACACUCAUGGCUUUGAUAUGUCAUCUGGAGUCCCUUCGGUGUUGGAACCUAUGAUGUGA